AUUAAGGAUGAGGAACCCGACGGGGCGGAUAAAACCACACACAUCUGUUUAAUCAUGCAUAUGUAAAAAGACAAAACAAAAACAAAAAAAGACAAACAGGUCGAGAUAUUUUUUUAAUAUCUGAUUGGAGAGAGUUUGAUUUGUCAGAUUUUUUUUAAAUCGCUGACUGGGUAGAGGUUUAAGCACAGAAACAAUGAGUGCUGCACCAGGGUUAUCAACUUUGUUGCUGCUUUUCGUUGCUCUUGUAUGUAAUGCACCAGAAGCGACUCUGGGAAGAACGACAGUUGUGGAUGUGACAGGAAAUGGGAGUGGAACAACAACCGGAGGCGCCACAAUGACAGCAGGUGCCACAACAACCGGAGGUGUGACAGCAACCGGAGUAGAGACAACAACUGGAGCAGCAACAACGACCGGUGACGCAACAAUGACAGGAAGUGCGAGAACAACCGAAGUUGCAACUACAACCGGAGGCCCAACAACAACCGGAGGUGCAACAACAAUCAGAGGUGCCACAACAACUGCAGCAGCAACAACAACCGGAGGCACAACAAUGACAGCAGGUGCCACAACAACCGGGGGUGUGUCAGGAACCACAAUAGAGACAACAACUGGAGCAGCAACAACAACCGUAGGCGCAACGAUGACAGCAGGUGCCACAACAACAAGAGUAGAGACAACAACUGGAGCAGCAGCAACAACCGGAGGCACAACAAUGACCGCAGGUGCCACAACAACCGGAGGUGUGACAGCAACCGGAGUAGAGACAACAACUGGAGCAGCAACAACGACCGGUGACGCAACAAUGACAGGAAGUGCGAGAACAACCGAAGUUGCAACUACAACCGGAGGCCCAACAACAACCGGAGGUGCAACAACAAUCAGAGGUGCCACAACAACUGCAGCAGCAACAACAACCGGAGGCACAACAAUGACAGCAGGUGCCACAACAACCGGGGGUGUGUCAGGAACCACAAUAGAGACAACAACUGGAGCAGCAACAACAACCGUAGGCGCAACGAUGACAGCAGGUGCCACAACAACAAGAGUAGAGACAACAACUGGAGCAGCAGCAACAACCGGAGGCACAACAAUGACCGCAGGUGCCACAACAACCGGAGGUGUGACAGCAACCGGAGUAGAGACAACAACUGGAGCAGCAACAACGACCGGUGACGCAACAAUGACAGGAAGUGCGAGAACAACCGAAGUUGCAACUACAACCGGAGGCCCAACAACAACCGGAGGUGCAACAACAAUCAGAGGUGCCACAACAACUGCAGCAGCAACAACAACCGGAGGCACAACAAUGACAGCAGGUGCCACAACAACCGGAGGUGUGUCAGGAACCACAAUAGAGACAACAACUGGAGCAGCAACAACAACCGUAGGCGCAACGGUGACAGCAGGUGCCACAACAACCGGAGGUGUGACAGCAACCGGAGGCGUAACAACAAUCACGGGUUCUAUAACAACUGGAGCAGCAACAACAACCGUAGGCGCAACGAUGACAGCAGGUGCCACAACAACCAGAGGUGUGACAGCAACCGGAUUAGAGACAACAACUGGAGGAGCAACAACGACCGGCGACGCAACAAUGACAGGAAGUGCGACAACAACUGAAGUUGCAACUACAACCAGAGGUGCAACAACAACCAGAGGUGUGACAGCAACCGGAGUAGAGACAACAACUGGAGCAGCAACAACGACCGGAGGCACAACAAUGACAGCAGGUGCCACAACAACCGGAGGUGUGUCAGGAACCACAACAGAGACAACAACUGGAGCAGCAAGAACAACCGUAGGCGCAACGAUGACAGCAGGUGCCACAACAACCGGAGGUGUGACAGCAACCGGAGGCGCAACAACAAUCACGGGUGCUAUAACAACUGGAGCAGCAACAACAACCGGAAGCACAAUAAUGACCGCAGGUGCCACAACAACCAGAGGUGUGACAGCAACCGGAGUAGAAACAACAACUGGAGCAGCAACAAUGACCGGUGACGCAACAAUGACAGGAAGUGCGAGAACAACCGAAGUUGCAACUACAACCGGAGGCCCAACAACAACCGGAGGUGCAACAACAAUCAGAGGUGCCACAACAACUGCAGCAGCAACAACAACCGGAGGCACAACAAUGACAGCAGGUGCCACAACAACCGGGGGUGUGUCAGGAACCACAAUAGAGACAACAACUGGAGCAGCAACAACAACCGUAGGCGCAACGAUGACAGCAGGUGCCACAACAACAAGAGUAGAGACAACAACUGGAGCAGCAGCAACAACCGGAGGCACAACAAUGACCGCAGGUGCCACAACAACCGGAGGUGUGACAGCAACCGGAGUAGAGACAACAACUGGAGCAGCAACAACGACCGGUGACGCAACAAUGACAGGAAGUGCGAGAACAACCGAAGUUGCAACUACAACCGGAGGCCCAACAACAACCGGAGGUGCAACAACAAUCAGAGGUGCCACAACAACUGCAGCAGCAACAACAACCGGAGGCACAACAAUGACAGCAGGUGCCACAACAACCGGGGGUGUGUCAGGAACCACAAUAGAGACAACAACUGGAGCAGCAACAACAACCGUAGGCGCAACGAUGACAGCAGGUGCCACAACAACAAGAGUAGAGACAACAACUGGAGCAGCAGCAACAACCGGAGGCACAACAAUGACCGCAGGUGCCACAACAACCGGAGGUGUGACAGCAACCGGAGUAGAGACAACAACUGGAGCAGCAACAACGACCGGUGACGCAACAAUGACAGGAAGUGCGAGAACAACCGAAGUUGCAACUACAACCGGAGGCCCAACAACAACCGGAGGUGCAACAACAAUCAGAGGUGCCACAACAACUGCAGCAGCAACAACAACCGGAGGCACAACAAUGACAGCAGGUGCCACAACAACCGGAGGUGUGUCAGGAACCACAAUAGAGACAACAACUGGAGCAGCAACAACAACCGUAGGCGCAACGGUGACAGCAGGUGCCACAACAACCGGAGGUGUGACAGCAACCGGAGGCGUAACAACAAUCACGGGUUCUAUAACAACUGGAGCAGCAACAACAACCGUAGGCGCAACGAUGACAGCAGGUGCCACAACAACCAGAGGUGUGACAGCAACCGGAUUAGAGACAACAACUGGAGGAGCAACAACGACCGGCGACGCAACAAUGACAGGAAGUGCGACAACAACUGAAGUUGCAACUACAACCAGAGGUGCAACAACAACCAGAGGUGUGACAGCAACCGGAGUAGAGACAACAACUGGAGCAGCAACAACGACCGGAGGCACAACAAUGACAGCAGGUGCCACAACAACCGGAGGUGUGUCAGGAACCACAACAGAGACAACAACUGGAGCAGCAAGAACAACCGUAGGCGCAACGAUGACAGCAGGUGCCACAACAACCGGAGGUGUGACAGCAACCGGAGGCGCAACAACAAUCACGGGUGCUAUAACAACUGGAGCAGCAACAACAACCGGAAGCACAAUAAUGACCGCAGGUGCCACAACAACCAGAGGUGUGACAGCAACCGGAGUAGAAACAACAACUGGAGCAGCAACAAUGACCGGUGACGCAACAAUGACAGGAAGUGCGAGAACAACCGAAGUUGCAACUACAACCGGAGGCCCAACAACAACCGGAGGUGCCACAACAACUGCAGCAGCAACAACAACCGGAGGCACAACAAUGACAGCAGGUGCCACAACAACCGGAGGUGUGUCAGGAACCACAAUAGAGACAACAACUGGAGCAGCAACAACAACCGUAGGCGCAACGAUGACAGCAGGUGCCACAACAACCGGAGGUGUGACAGCAACCGGAGGCGUAACAACAAUCACGGGUGCUAUAACAACUGGAGGUGCCACAACAACCAGAGGUGUGACAGCAACCAGAGUAGAGACAACAACUGGAGCAGCAACAAUGACCGGAGGCACAACAAUGACAGCAGGUGCCACAACAACCGGAGGUGUGACAGCAACCGGAGGCGUAACAACAAUCACGGGUUCUAUAACAACUGGAGCAGCAACAACAACCGUAGGCGCAACGAUGACAGCAGGUGCCACAACAACCGGAGGUGUGACAGCAACCGGAGGCGUAACAACAAUCACGGGUGCUAUAACAACUGGAGCAGCAACAACAACCGGAAGCACAACAAUGACCGCAGGUGCCACAACAACCAGAGGUGUGACAGCAACCGGAGUAAAGACAACAACUGGAGCAGCAACAACGACCGUAGGCACAACGAUGACAGUAGGUGCCACAACAACCGGAGGUGUGACAGCAACCGGAGGCGUAACAACAAUCACGGGUUCUAUAACAACUGGAGCAGCAACAACAACCGUAGGCGCAACAAUGACAGCAGGUGCCACAACAACCAGAGGUGUGACAGCAACCGGAGUAGAGACAACAACUGGAGCAGCAACAACGACCGGAGGCACAACAAUGACAGCAGGUGCCACAACAACCGGAGGUGUGUCAGGAACCACAAUAGAGACAACAACUGGAGCAGCAACAACAACCGUAGGCGCAACGAUGACAGCAGGUGCCACAACAACCGGAGGUGUGACAGCAACCGGAGGCGUAACAACAAUCACGGGUUCUAUAACAACUGGAGCAGCAACAACAACCGUAGGCGCAACGAUGACAGCAGGUGCCACAACAACCGGAGGUGUGACAGCAACCGGAGGCGUAACAACAAUCACGGGUGCUAUAACAACUGGAGCAGCAACAACAACCGGACGCACAACAAUGACCGCAGGUGCCACAACAACCAGAGGUGUGACGGCAACCGGAGUAGAGACAACAACUGGAGCAGCAACAACGACCGGCGACGCAACAAUGACAGGAAGUGCGACAACAACUGAAGUUGCAACUACAACCAGAGGUGCAACAACAACCAGAGGUGUGACAGCAACCGGAGUAGAGACAACAACUGGAGCAGCAACAACGACCGGAGGCACAACAAUGACAGCAGGUGCCACAACAACCAGAGGUGUGUCAGGAACCACAACAGAGACAACAACUGGAGCAGCAACAACAACCGUAGGCGCAACGAUGACAGCAGGUGCCACAACAACCGGAGGUGUGACAGCAACCGGAGGCGCAACAACAAUCACGGGUGCUAUAACAACUGGAGCAGCAACAACAACCGGAAGCACAAUAAUGACCGCAGGUGCCACAACAACCAGAGGUGUGACAGCAACCGGAGUAGAAACAACAACUGGAGCAGCAACAACGACCGGUGACGCAACAAUGACAGGAAGUGCGAGAACAACCGAAGUUGCAACAACAACCAGAGGCCCAACAACAACCGGAGGUGCAACAACAACUGCAGCAGCAACAACAACCGGAGGCACAACAAUGACAGCAGGUGCCACAACAACCGGAGGUGUGUCAGGAACAACAAUAGAGACAACAACUGGAGCAGCAACAACAACCGUAGGCGCAACAAUGACACCAGGUGCCACAACAACUGGAGGCGCAACAACAGCCAGAGAUUCAACAACAACCAGAGACAUGACAACGACUGGAAUAGAUACAACAACUGGAGGUGCAACAACAAUCAGAGGUGCCACAACAACUGGAGCAGCAACAACAACCGGAGGCACAACAAUGACAGCAGGUGCCACAACAACUGGAGGCGCAACAACAGCCAGAGAUUCAACAACAACCAGAGGUGCGACAUCAACCGGAGUAGCAACAACAACUGCAGGUUCAAACACAACAGAAGGCUCAACGACAACCAUAGUAGCAACAACAACCAGAGGUGUGACAGCAACUGGCGAAACAGUAGUAAACGUAACCACUCUAAUAACGACAUCCACAACAAAAGCAACAACUACCACCACUACCCUUGCACCCCCACCGGUGGUUGUUGUUGUUGUUGUAGCAGUAGUGUUGGAACCAUACGUACCAGAACUGGCAAACCCCAGCAGUCCACAAUUCAUUGUUCUCGCUCAAAGAAUCUUCGUAGUGUACGACGCCAUAUACAGAAGGAGGUACAGAGCCUACAGCCGCUGUAUCGUCAGAGGCUUCAGGCCUGCAGCAGACCGGACGCGAAUGGAAAACAUUGAGGCUGAAGUGGACAUCGAGUUUGACAACACCACCACGCCAGGAGAAACAAUUCCCAGUGCAGACGCCGUGGCCACUACGUUACAAGAGGAAGUGUCCAACCCCAACAGCACCAUCAACCUCACCAUUGACAACGAUUCCAUAGAAGCCAAUGAGAAAAACACGACAACCGUCACACCGAUGACAAGCACUGCCACUGCCGAGGCACUCACAACAAUAAAUCUAGUAGCAACAAGCAAAGGUCCGACACCAACUGCAGGUUCAAACGCAACAGGAGGCGUAACAACAACAACCGUAGUAGCAACAACCAAAGGGGCAACAACAACUGGCGAAACAGUAGUAAACGUAACCACUCUAUCAACGACAUCCACAACUACAGCAACAACUACCACCACUACCCUUGCACCCCCACCGGUGGUUGUUGUUGUUGUUGUUGUAGCAGUAGUGUUGGAACCAUACGUACCAGAACUGGCAAACCCCAGCAGUCCACAAUUCAUUGUUCUCGCUCAAAGAAUCUUCGUAGUGUACGACGCCAUAUACAGAAGGAGGUACAGAGCCUACAGCCGCUGUAUCGUCAGAGGCUUCAGGCCUGCAGCAGACCGGACGCGAAUGGAAAACAUUGAGGCUGAAGUGGACAUCGUGUUUGACAACACCACCACGCCAGGAGAAACAAUUCCCAGUGCAGAUGCCGUGGCCACUACGUUACAAGAGGAAGUGUCCAACCCAAACAACUUGAUCCUCGCCAUUGACCCACAGUCCAUAAGAGCCUUUGUGAAAAACACGACAACCACCACUGAGGCGCUUACAACGCGCCGGGUGACGUUCCGAUCGGCGGGAGAGGAGUUCACCACAGACUUUUUAAAUUCAUUUUCCGCAGCAUUUAUCAGUCGAGCCUCCACGAUCAAGACAACGCUUGAACCUUUCUACCGAAUCGCAUUCACUUCAUUCCGCACCUUGACCGUGGUUUCGUUCAGUAAUGGCUCCAUCCUUAACAACAUGGACCUGGCGUUUGUGUCCAGCUCCGUUCCCAACAACAGCGCCAUCGUGAGCGUUUUGGUGAACGUCGCCCCCAACAUCACGGCCUUCAACGUGGACAUCUCGUUCAUUUUUGUGGACGGCGCGCAAGUUUCAAGUGGAGCGAGCCACAAAACGACACUCAUCAGCGCAUCCUGCCUGGUACUGUUGUCAUGGUUACUGGCAAACCAGCAAUAAUUCUGCCUUUUUCAUGUCUGCAUCUGAGGAUAAAUAAGCCAAUAUAUGACAUGUACUGUUUUUUUAAUAUCAUGAUUAACAGAAGCGCAUGUGGUAACAUUACGACUUUAAUUGUACAAAAUUACGACAUUAACCUUCUAAAAUGCCAACAUUAGCUUUGUAAAAUGAUAACAAUUCAUCUUGUAGUAUUUCACUUUUGUGGCAGGAACAAGACUGUGCAUAAUUUCGAUUUUCUUUUGUCAAAAAACAAUUAAAAAUUUAAAAACAUUUGUCUCGUAUUUCACCAGUCUGUUAGCUUUGCAACUUUUUAAAGUGGCAAAUUAUGAAAUUUUCUUGUAAAAUCCCAACAUUUGUCUCACAUUUCAAUAGUUUGGUAGCAUUACGACUUUAAAUGUGAAAAUGAUGAUAUUUUUCUCUUACAAUGACUCCUCCCCGCCCACCCCCCCCUUGUUAAAUACCAACAUUUAACUUGUACUGUGCUAUAUUAUUACAUUUUCCUUGUCAGCAGGCUGGUAGCAUUACAACAUGAAAUGCGCCAAAUUCAGGAAGUUUUCUUGUCUAAUAACAUUCUUUUCAUAGGCUACGGUGGAAUUGUGGUAACGUAACAAUUAAAAUAUGAUGACCUCACUGUCCUAAAAUGGGCAACAUUUUAUCCUAAAAUAGCAUCACAGUUCUUAUAAAAUGACAACAGUGUACAUAGAUGGCUAAAACCUCUUUGAUGCAUUAACACCUUUACAAACUGUUAAAUUAUUACAUUGUACUUGUAUUGUUUUGAUGACAAUAAAACAACAUUGCAUUCAA